CCUCUUUCCCAUGUACUGAGAAUAAUGUAGAAAUGUAAAUGCGAACAAUGUCGUUUCCGGAUAAAUCAGCCAUUCUUUGGAUAUUACUCGUUUCGAUUGGCUUUUCCAAUUCACAAGGUGAUAAUGGAGGUUUUUUGGAGUGGACGAAUUGGACAGACCCUCCUUGUGGGAAAACGUGUGGACAAAGUGUUACCAAACUAGUCUACAGAAACAGGCAGUGUACAUCCACGCCGGCUGAUUGUUCAGGGUCGUUCCUUGAGACUAAGGAGACAAUCUGCAGUAUUCCAAGAUGUCCAGUAAAUGGAGGAUUCUCCGAGUGGGGGAUGUGGGUCAGUGGUACAUGUUCAGCCACAUGUCAAGGCACGCUGACGCUCACCAGGACCAGAAGCUGUACCAAUCCCAGCCCUCUAUUUAAUGGAGCUCAAUGUCAAGGACCACUUCAAGACACUCAACAAAGAUCCUGCGGGGACGAGAGGUGCCCAGGUGAUAGUGGAGGUUUUUCGGAGUGGACGAAUUGGACAGACCCUCCUUGUGGGAAAACGUGUGGACAAGGUGUUACCAAACUAGUCUACAGAAACAGGCAGUGUACAUCCACGCCGGCUGAUUGUUCAGGGUCGUUCCUUGAGACUAAGGAGACAAUCUGCAGUAUUCCAAGAUGUCCAGUUAACGGCGGCAUCAGUAAGUGGACAAGUUGGAAUACAUACUCUUCUUGUUCUAAAUCGUGUGGCACAAACGCACAAAGACGCAGAACAAGAACAAGAACCUGCACCAAUCCUGUUCCAGCAUUUGGAGGAUUGUUCUGUGAUUCCCCACUAUUUGAAACAAAAACACAAACCUGUGUUCUCGCGCCCUGUCCAGAUGGCAUAAUCAAUGGAACCUAUGGAGAGUGGGGCCCAUGGGCUUCGGAUCAAUGUUUACUAACCUGUGGAGUCAAGGUUCAGACAGUAGAAAGGAGAAAUAGAUCCUGUGAUAGCCCGGCACAACAAAAUGGGGGAUUGCCUUGUCAAGGGCCGUCUACCGAGGCACGACAAAUUGAUUGCAUGAUGUCGUUGAUGGCGGUUACAGCCAAUGGGGCCAGUGGAUUGCUGAUCCAUGCCCUGAAACUUGUGGAGUGCAGAUUAGAAGGCUGCUAA